AUGGUGGAACCGUUGACAAUGUCAGGUUACAGUUUGAGGAGAGCAAGAGUAAGAAGAAAUAUCAAGCUAGAAUUAGAGGAGGAUGAUAUGUCUACUGAAUCCGUAGACGAUUCGUCUGUUUCGGUUUCUAGUGACGACGAGGAAAUCAAGGAGGAUAUCAUUGAAUAUAAGGUAUCAAACUCGGACACAUUUGUUGUUAAACCAAAAACAUUCUAUGAAAGGCACGAAGUGCCCAGAAAGAUAUUCCAUUCUCUCACCGCUCCCUGGGUUUUACUCUUGGAGAGAAUUUGGCAAGUAUACACCAAAAAUUACAAAGAAUAA